AGCCAAUCGGCGCGCGGGGAGGGGCGGCGGAGGGAAGAUGGCGGCGGUGGAACGGUGGCGGGCCGGGAUGGCCUUGCUGGCCCUGCUGGCCUUGGGGCUCAGCCGGGUCCUGGCCGAGCAGACCGAGGAGCACCUCAAGCGCGAGCACUCGCUGUCCAAGCCCUACCAGGGUGUGGGAUCGGCCAGCUCGGGGCUGUGGGACCUGCUGGGCAACGCCAUGGUCAUGACCCAGUUCAUCCGCCUCACCCCUGACGUGCAGAGCAAGCAAGGAGCCGUGUGGAACCGCGUGCCCUGUUACCUGCGGGAUUGGGAGAUGCAGGUGCACUUCAAAAUCCAUGGACAAGGCAAGAAGAACCUGAACGGGGAUGGCUUUGCCAUCUGGUACACCAAGGACAGGAUGCAGCCGGGACCUGUGUUUGGAAGCAAGGAUAACUUCCUCGGCCUGGGAGUGUUUGUGGACACUUAUCCAAACGAGGAGAAACAGCAGGAGGCUCAGAAGAGGAGGUACAGCCCAGGAAACCAGCGGGUGUUCCCCUACAUCUCAGCCAUGGUGAACAAUGGCUCCCUGACCUACGACCACGACCGGGACGGACGCCCCACGGAGCUGGGGGGCUGCACGGCCAUGGUGAGGAACUUGCCCCACGACACCUUCCUGGUCAUCCGCUACGUCAAGAGGAGGCUCACGGUUUUGAUCGACAUCGAUGGGAAGCACGAGUGGAGGGACUGCAUCGACGUGCCGGGCGUGCACCUGCCCCGAGGGUACUACUUUGGGACGUCCUCGGUCACCGGGGACCUGUCAGACAACCAUGACAUCAUCUCACUGAAGCUGUACCAGCUCACAGUGGAGCGAACACCGGAGGAGGAAAAGCGGGACAGGGAGGUGUUCCUGCCUGUUGUGGACAACCUGAAACUGCCUGGAAUGGAAGCACCUCUGGAGCCCAUGAGUGGCCUGGCCCUGUUCCUCAUCGUGUUCUUCUCGCUGGUGGCCCUCGUCUUCGCCAUCGUCAUCGGCAUCAUUGUCUACAACAAGUGGCAGGAGCAGAGCCGGAAACAUUUCUACUGACCUGGGAAACACCCGGGAUGGCCUACUCCUGGGCUUUGCCGGCCACAUCCCAACUCCCACCCAUCCCAGACUGGCCUGAUGGACAGACCCUCGUGGUGGAGACCACGAAAUCCCAGCGGGAGCAGCCACUGUUCACCUGAGGGCUCCAGAGCUGCUGCGCGGAUCCCAGUGGGAGUGGAUGUGCCAUGGAGGGGGAGCUGAGUCCUGAGGGGGCUUUGCUGGGAAUGGCUCCGGAAGGGGGGGUUUAGGGAGCCCCAGCACAGGGGCUGUGACACCCCAGGAGCCAUGGGAGCAUGUCAGUCCUCACUGGAUUCCUGCUGGAGCCCCUCAUCCCAAGUGAUGUCAGUGCCAGGAGAGACUUUCCAAGCUCUUCAUCCCACUCUGGCUGUUUCCCACGUGGAGGCCAGCCUGCUUUGCCUUGUUGGAACCCCCGACCUGCCCCUCUGGGUGCUGAGUUUUGGUGUUUGGAGCCAGAUGCUGGUGGUUCUCCAGUAGUUUUCCCAGCGGGAUGAAUUGGGAAGCUGUGUGGCUGCAACCCCCUCCCCACAUCUCCUGCCACAUUCCUGCUGCCUCCUGCAUGUCGUGUCCUGGCUCCGGGACUCACUGCAUCCUGGAACCCUCCAGGAGGGGAUUCCCAAGCUUCUGGAAUCGAUUCCUAAGCCUCUGGAGGUGAUUCCUGAGCCAGAGCUCCUGCUGCCUGCAGGGAGUCGGGGUUGUUCCUACCUCAGUGACUGUUUUGGGAAGGGAUUUCUCUGGAGGGUCCCUCACCCCUGGACACCCAAUGGUCCCCAGAGAGACCCAGGAGAGGGAAAUGCUGAAUCAGUGGGGACUCUGGCUCUGGGAAUAUGAAGAUGGCAGCUCCCUCCUCGCCGGGAUCCAGGGGAUCCAAGCCCAAUCCUGUGGUUUUCCAGGACAUUCCCACCCAGGACAGAUCCUGGGGGGUCUCAGCGGUACCUGGGCCAGGGGAGGACACCCGUGGCUGGUGGUUUUUCAGGUCACUGGGGGCAGUGGGAGCUGUUUUCCAAGUGCCCAAUGGGGGGUUGUGGUGUGGAAGGAGAGUUUUCCUGGUGUUUUGCCUCAUUUUUGCCUGAUCAGGAUGGAAUUUUGUGGCCUCUCUCUGGAGCUGUAACUGGUGUCUUGGAAUAAACAUUGGAGGGUGUGUGUGA